AUGGCUGGCGAUGAGGCCGGACACAGGGUGAUUUACUACAUAUCAGGAUCGUUCUUCGCCUGGCGCGUCCUCAUCGCGCUGUACGAGAAGGGCCUGCCCGUCACGGAGAGGGUCCUGUCGCUCAAGGACGGGGAGCUGAAGUCUCAAAAUGUGGUCUCGGUCAACCCGAGGGGGCAGUCACCGACCUUCAUCGACGCCGACGGCACGCGGGUCGUGCACGACUCCACCGCCCUCCUGCUGUACCUCGACGAGGCGUACCCGAACCACCCCCCCGUGCUCCCGACCAUGGGCGGCGACAAGCCAGCGCGGGCCCUGGCGCUGCAACGACUCCAGGAGGCGAACACGCUGGUGGACGCGAUCCUCCCGGUGUUCGGGUCCCACAUCGGGCGGCCGCCCUUCAAGCGCGUGGACGUCACGACCCAGGCUGGCAAGGACGUCAUCCGCCGGUACACCGUGCACCUCGCGCGGGAGCUGCGCUACUGGGACAGCACGAUCCUCCGCGGCACACGGUUCGUCCUCGGGGAGUUCAGUCUCGUCGACGCCGCGGUCGCGCCGUUCAUCAUGACGAUGGCCUACAUGGGGGCGGACUUCAAGCACCUGCCGAACGUGGCGCGGUACGCCGCGGACGUGGCCGAGCGGGAGUCCGUCCAGCGCACGUGGCCGCCCACGUGGAGGAAGCCGGCGCGCGGGAUCUGGGCGCACGUGUUCCGCUACGUCGGCGAACUCACCGCGCCGCGCGCCGCGCUGUAG